UUUGUGAAUCCCUUCGGCUUUCUCUGACCUAGAGAUCAUCGGAGGAAGCUUGAACUUUAAUGGCGGUUCCAGGCAGGCGCAACGGUGUCGUAGACGAAGACGAUUACGAGGAAGAUAACGCCCUUUUUGAAGAGAAUGGUGUCAUUGAAUUCGAUUCCGAUACGCCACCUCACCUCCGCGCCCUAGCUACCGCCGCACAGCUCGGCGACGUUAAUGGCCUUCGUAACGCUAUAGAUAACUUAACGAUGGGAAGUAUAAAUGACGCUGUGGAAGAUGGGGACACUGUUCUACACCUUACCUGUCUAUAUGGCCAUCUGCCAUGUGUCCAGUUGCUGGUGGAAAGAGGGGCAAACUUGGAGGUUCAAGAUGAAGAUGGUGCCAUUCCUUUGCAUGAUGCUUCUGCUGGGGGUUAUGUAGAGAUUGUACAAUUCCUAAUAAAUAGUGCUAAUGGCACAGACGGUGUGAAGAGGAUGGUAGAGUCAGUUGAUGCAGAAGGUGACACUCCUCUUCAUCAUGCUGCAAGAGGCGAGCAUGCUGCAGUUAUAAGGUUACUGCUAGCUUCAGGGGCAUCUCCCACCAAGGAGAAUACAUACGGGAAGGCCCCAACUGAACUUGCCGAUCCCGGGACAGAGGCCAGGACGAUCUUGGAAGCUGCCUCAGCCCACAUGGCAAUGGGGUGUCAGUAGGCUCCAUCUGAUAGCGGUGCUUAAAAUGACUUAGGCAACUUUUUGGGCUUCACAGUUUUAGGUUUAUUGUCUCUAACUUUGUUGAUAGUGUUUCAGUUUUCUUUUUCUUAAGUUUAUUCUACUACUACAGAGACGCUUUCAUGUCUAGAUAUGAAAGUUUUAUAAUAUUGGAGAGGUAGUCAUGUUAUUUUAGAAUCUUUGGUUGCAUUCUAUAUAGUAACAUUGGAGUAAUUCAAGUGA